ACUUUUCGUGGCAUCUCUCAUCCCAAGUUGUGUCCACGGAUACGUCUCCUGUAACUGUGUGUGCGCGCGUGUGUGUGUGUGCGCGCGCGCGGGGACAGGAAGGCGUCGAAAUGAAAGCCAUCCCAGUGAACAAUUAGAGCAGCGGAUUGACAGGUGGGCUCUGACUGUCAGGGUGACGCUUGUGGAGGGGUGGAGUAAAGCAGAGGCCGGAAAGGCAGCUGAAUGUGUCUGUCUAUCAGUGGGAGCUGUCUGAAUUGCACCGCGCAUCAUCCACCGAUGUGCGCACGUUUCCACUGCGGAGAAUUAAGCCGCUUGUUGUGGACGCUCGUUGCGCUUUCGUGAGAAUAAACAACAACAACAACACUGCACAAAGGCAACACAAGGAACACUAACAAGAAGAAGAAGAAGAAAAAGAAGAAGAAGAAGAAGAAGGAGAAGGAGAAGAAGAGGGCACGGUGUGCGGUUUCAGAGGGCGGGCCCGCUCUCUGUCUUCUCUCUGAUGACUUUCUGAAAAAUUUCGUCAACUGUCCAUAUUGACAAUCGGGCGGAAGGCGCUUAUACUGUGUGUGUCUGCGUGUUGGACACCGGAGCGGACACCUUGUCGCACGCGAGCAGCGUGGACUCCUCUUCUCCUCUCCUCCUCUCUUCUCCUCCUCAACCACCACCACCGCCGUCACGCGAGGAGCUGAGUUUUUUUGGUGUGUGCUUUUUUUACCUCCACGUUUGCCGUGAACAGAGGUGUGAAAGAGUCCGGUGAGAGGUGACGCGAGCGCGGCGAGGACGAGGCACAGACAGCUGUCCGUGUAUCUUACACGUCCUCCACUCCACGACAGACUGAGAUCCGCACGGAACUGCUUGGUUUUAUUUUUUUAUUUAUUUAUUUCGUUUUCCUUUCUCCCACCCAGUUCUCAGCCUGCAGUGAGUUUGUGUGUGAGGAAGAAGUUAAUGCACGAGACCAUUUUUAUUUUGUUUCGCUCGUUUUCUCAGCGGACAAAAAAAUGACCAGCGGCGCGUAAAAGAGAUUAAAGAAGAACAAAAAAGAGACUUCCUCACUCCUGCGUGGGAGCUACACUCUGACCAACCCACAGCCACGAUCCCUCUCUCUCUGUCUGUCUGCCUGUCUGUCAUCCUGCUGAAGAACUGAGGGAAACGCUGCUCCUGCUGCUGCUGCCGCUGCUGGCUUUGAUUUCCUCCCGUUGCACCGGUUUCCUCUCGUCAUUUUGUCCGCUAUUUUGAUCUCUGCAUGAAAAGUCAAGCGGAAAGUCUUGCAGCAGCAUGCCGAGGAGAAAGCAGCAAGCACCGCGGCGGUCAUCAGGUGGAGGGAGUGCAACCCGCGCCCGAUCAAACGGGGUCAUUCAGAGUUCACCACCUCCAGCUUAUGGACCCGAGGAUGAAUUUACAUUGGACAAAAUUGAUGAAGAGGAACAUCUGCUGGAUGACGGCCUCUCUCUGGAUGGUCAAGAUGCAGAUUAUCUGUUCAAUGAGGAUGAGGAUGGAAAAGAUCAUUACAGCUGCCAAAACUCUCCAUUCAGCAACGGCACAAACCCAGAUGCUGGGUAUGCCUCCCCACUCAGCACAACCAGUGACCAACUGGUGGACCUUAAAACCUCUUCCACCUUCAGUGAUGGUCAGGACAAGGUAGUGGAGAAAGUAGAGGAGAGCACAGAGUCCAUCAAUGGCCUCUCACUGCAGGACAGUCUGGCAAAAAUGAAAGCCGUCUAUGCAAACCUGAUCUCAGAUGCCUCCUGGUCCAGCAUUGCUAUGGAUAUGCUUAAAAGUAAGCAAGGGAAUCUUGCAGCUAGCAACGGCAAUGGGGGCAGUCACAAAGGGAGCAAUGGAUUCCUGAAUAGUCCGAGCACAGGGGAUGUCCAUGUGAAAAGCAGAUGUAGCAGUAGCAAUGCCUCAGCCACUACUAAUACCACCAGCAGUACCACCACAAGGACGGUGACAAGCAGCAGCAAUAGUGGCACUAUUGUAAGUUCUGGCAGCACAGGGGGGUUAGCAUAUGAUUGGCACCAGGCAGCAUUGGCCAAAACCCUCCAGCAUACCCCAUACCAACUCCUUCCUGAGCCUAGCCUUUUCAGCACCGUGCAGCUUUACAGACAAAACAAUAAACUCUAUGGCCCCGUGUUUACCGGGGCCAGCAAGUUCAGGUGCAAGGACUGCAGUGCAGCCUAUGACACUUUGGUCGGCCUGACAGUACAUAUGAAUGAUACAGGCCAUUACCGUGAUGACAACAAGGAUACCGAGAAUGAUAGAAGCAAGACGUGGUCCAAGCCACGCAAGCGGUCCCUGUUAGAGAUGGAAGGCAAAGAAGAUGCCCAGAAAGUUCUUAAAUGCAUGUACUGUGGCCACUCUUUUGAAUCCUUGCAAGACCUUAGUGUCCACAUGAUCAAAACAAAACACUAUCAGAAAGUGCCUCUAAAAGAACCAAUGCCAGCCCUCACCUCAAAGCUGGUUCCCCCAACCAAAAAAAGAGCAUUUCAAGACUUAAUGUCCCCAAGUUCGCCAGAGUCUGUGUCAUCUGGCAUACUCCUGGGAGAUUCCUCCAAAGACCAAAAAAUGGCCAAUCCCUAUGUCACUCCUAACAAUCGAUAUGGUUACCAAAAUGGUGCCAGCUAUACUUGGCAGUUUGAGGCACGUAAGGCACAAAUUCUUAAAUGCAUGGAAUGUGGCAGUUCACACGAUACCUUGCAACAACUGACUGCCCACAUGAUGGUCACUGGACACUUUCUCAAAGUCACAAACUCAGCUUCUAAAAAGGGAAAGCAGUUGGUAUUUGAUCCCAUCACUGAGGAGAAAAUCCAGUCAAUCCCUCUGCCACCAAGUACCACACGACUCCCUGCUCCAAAUGGGAAGUCACAGACUGAUUCGCCAAUGCACCCCUGUAGCCCAGAGGAGAGAAAUGAAGAAAGGAGAGAUAGAGAGAUGGUUGAAGAGAAAGUGGAACAUAGGGAACCAGAGAAAAAAAUCAAAGAGGAGAAAGAAGAUCCCUCUGAAAAGCCUGAAAAACCAGGAAAGGCUAGAUCUUACCAAUAUCUGACAGAAGAAGACUUGGAAGAGACGCCUAAAGGUGGCCUGGACAUUCUUAAGUCUUUAGAGAACACAGUUUCAAGUGCAAUCAGCAAGGCCCAAACAGGUACACCCACCUGGGGCGGAUACACUAGCAUUCAUGCUGCCUAUCAGCUCCAUGGAUCUUUGAAGUCUAGCUUGUCCUCCUGUGCACAGGUCCAGCCUUUGUUCAGCAGCAACAAUUUGAAGGCACUGUCCUCUGAGUUAAGUACCCUGAUCCAUUCACCAGGGAGCCCCUCACCACCUCCAUGUCACAGAAGCAACGUAUUGGCCAUGGAGGAAUUAGUAGAAAAGGUGACAGGGAAAAGUUCAGUGAAGACUGAAAAAGAGGAAAAACCUGUAGAAAACAAGUGCAGGCCCACAAAGUCACCAUUGCCAAAUCCUAAGGAUAAACAUCCUUCACACAGUACAGAGAAAAUCUCAAAGGUUAGGAAAGAGUCUGCAGCAGAGGGCCGUACAGAAUCAAAAGGCGAAGAGGGAGAGCAGAUAGCAGAAAGCAAAUUAGAGAGACGCAUUAAGAGUGAAGUAGAUUCCCCAAAAAAGCUUGUUAGUAAUGGCUGCAAUAACCUGAGCAUCAUCACUGAUCACUCACCUGAACAACCACUUGUGAACCCUCUCAGUGCUUUGCAGUCGAUCAUGAACAACCAUUUGGGGAAAGCUUCGAAAGUGUCCACACCAUUCACAGACCCCUUUGCUGUGCUUCAUAAGAUCAACAGCAACUCUCCUCAAAGCAAGUCAGCAGAACCUGCGCAUCAGUACCACAACAACAACAACAACAACAACAACGACGACGACGAUGAUGAUGACGAUCAGCCCAUGGACUUGACUAAAUCCAAAAACCUUAAUGGCAGCACAGCAAAGGGUACUUUUACGACACCAAACAACAACAAUAGCAGCAGCAUUAACAACAGCAAACCAACCUUCCGAGCGUUCUCUCAGUCGUCUUCUCCACCUCUGCGGGAGAAUGCUCUGAUGGAUAUUUCAGACAUGGUGAAAAAUCUGACUGGUCGUUUGACACCAAAGUCUACCACCCCGUCCUCCGUCUCUGAGAAAUCCGACAUCGACAGCUGUAGUUUUGAGGAUGGCAUGGAGGAGCUGUCUCCCAUCCAAAGACGAAAGGGUAGACAGUCGAACUGGAAUCCUCAACAUCUCCUGAUUCUUCAGGCCCAGUUUGCCUCCAGUCUUCGGGAGACUCAUGAGGGGAAGUUUAUAAUUACUGACUUGGGGCCCCAGGAACGGGUCCACAUCUGUAAAUUCACUGGUCUCUCCAUGACUACUAUCUCUCAUUGGCUGGCCAAUGUAAAAUAUCAAUUGAAACGGACAGGAGGAACAAAGUUCCUCAAAAAUAUUGACUCUGGCCAGCCUUUGUUUUUGUGCAGUGACUGUGCAUCCCAGUUCAGAACUCCCAACGCCUACAUUCAUCAUUUGGAGUCCCAUCUUGGGUUUACCCUGAAGGACCUUGCGAAGCUUUCCAUAGACUUAUUAGAGCAGCAAGGGGUUGGCAGAAUAGAUGACAAGUCUUUCGGUUCUUCUGGACUCUUAGAAGAAGAUGCCGGCUCAAUUUACCAGUGCAAACUGUGUAAUCGGACAUUUCUAAGCAAACAUGCAAUCAAAUUGCACCUUUGCAAAACACACGGAAAGUCACCGGAGGACCAUCUCAUCUUUGUAAAGGAGCUGGAAAAGUUUGACAAACAAUAAAGUCAGAUUUAGCCCGGCAGCAUGACGGACUAUCAUUGCACUAUAACUCUACGCCACAAUCUGUCAUAACAGAUAGUGCCACAGCUGCAUUGACCACUGAUGGGACACAACAUGGUAGCUUUAAAGAUCCAGUGUAAAGAAUUAGUGACGUCGAAUUGUGAGACUGCAGAUCAUAACAAACGCAAGACUCCGCCACUCACCCGUCUUUUUCCAAAGCAUGUCAGGGAGCUACGGUGGCCUUCACAUACCAGAAAGGAUAUUCUUCUUUUGUGUCCACUUCAAAAAUGCAAAACUGGUUGGAUAAGAUGGCGGCCUCCGUAAACCGAGGCCCUUGCCUAAAGUACAUACUGUAUACAAGGCUACAAAAACCAAACACUUUUUAUUUUAAAGCGUUUAUGCACUAAUAUAAACACACUUAAUGGUAGUAUAUUCAAUUUCUGCCAGUAAACCCUCCUAAAUGUUACACACUGGACCUUUAAUACCAUUUAUUAAUGUAAUAAUUACAUAAAUUACAUGUAACUAAUUACAUAAAAUUUAAUGAAUUAAAAAGCUGAAUAAUAAUAAUGAUGUUUAAUUUUUUGGUAAUAUUAACGUACCAAAUUGGUGCAGCAACCAUGGCACUAUGUAGUCACUGACUGAUUGUUGCUUUUGUAAUGCACUGCAUCUUUUCUGAGCCUUUGGGGAAAAAGUACAUCUGUUGUUUUAAAAAAAAAAAACAAAAAAAAAAACUGGACCAUGCUCUUCUUUUGAUCACUGUUUCUGAAUGAUUUCUAAGAUGAAUAUAUUUCAACACAACCUGCAUAUUAUUUAUGGAACAGUUUGUGCAUGUUUUUAUGUAAUGAAGUGAGCAUAUUAUGUCUAGUAAUACUUUUUUUUUUUCCGUUUCUUUUUUUUUUUUUAACCACGAUGACUAAGCUAAUACCCCUGGUUAUCAAACACAGCAACUGUAUGAAGGUACGUGACGCGCCACACGAAAGAUGGCGCUUUUUUAAAGUGAUGACAUCAAGUCAGGGAUGUUUUUAUUGAAGAAGUAUGGAUACAAAUCACAGCACUUCACCGUUUUGAGUUUUAAAAACCCUCGAUCGACGUGGCAGUUUGGGGGUUAACUAUGAUAUCGCUUCAUAUUUGCCAUCGAGUCACAGAAUGUCUCACAAAUGAUCUUUGUUUCUCUUCCUGGUUGUUUCAACAUGUACAGUAUUUGCAUUAGUAGGCUCCCGGUUUUAUUAUUGUGAAGCUAUUGUAUUGUAUAAAUGAAGUUUAAAACUUACUGUAUGAAUAAUCAGCGAGUAUGUAUACAUGUACGUCGGCAUAUCUUGCUCUUUACAGUUCAACAUUAUUUGUACUGUGUGCAUUUUUCUAAUGUUAUUUUCUAGAACAAAUAUCGUGGAGUGGGAGGGGCUAAAGCUACAGAGUAUUGUCGGACCGUUAUGCUCUUUUUCAUUGAAAAGUAGGUCCUUCGAUGUGGUUUACACAAAAUGAAAACACAAAAAAAACUUUACUUGCAUCUGCUCUGAUGCAUGGUACUGUACAUAACAUUGAAAAAAAAAUCAUGCAAUGAUAGAUUUCCAGAUUUUUGUCAUCGAUCCCAGUUAUUCAGAAUGACAUUCUUUUUGUUUCCUCAGUUGUAAAAUAAACUCCAUGUCCUGGAUUAAA